UAGAGAGAAGGCUAGUGAACAAAAUUAUAAGCCUAGCCUCAGAGCAGAUGAGAGAGACUCGGCAAGUAACAAAUGAACUUAAAGUGGCAGCUAGUAACACCUUAGUGACGCUGGCACGCUGCUAUUUCAAUGAUGUGAUGUCUGAGCUGCGGUGUCAUCUGAACCUGCCGGAAGAGUUUAUUUUAGUUACACUGGGCAACCUGUCAUCAGCCUAUGCACUUAAGUGUAUCCGUUUUGUGAGAAUGACCCUGUAUGACAUGGACUGCAUGCUGGAGUUAGUCAACGACAGCAGGAUGAGACAAGCAUUUUGUGGUGUUCUGGAAAAAUGGUCAAGAGCAGUAAAUUUCUAUUUCACCAACUGGGAAAAGUGCUCAUUCCGCAGAAUGGAUGCAUCGCAAUUCUGCGAUCAAUUCUUCCUAUUUAUGCUCAUGUGA